AUGGUCGUAAGACAGACUUCAGUAGUCAAGAACAGCCAUCCUUCGGAGCCCAGGGAGGCGAUCAAAGGCCAGUUUCGAUUGCCGUCCAUCAAACCGCUGAGUCGCUUAAACACUCGCCAUCAGCUUCAAGGCCUCCGAUUCUUGAAGCCUUGA